AUGCAAAUAAACUUGUAUAAAUCUGUGAAAGAGGAAUUGGGUCGUCGUUUAUCUUUGGGAAAACUAAUACAGUCCAACAGGUCUAGACCUUCCUUCACCUUAUAUUAUCAAAAUGUUCAUAGUUUAGUUUCCAAAUCACAUAAUUGUUACGUCAGUUCCUGUGACUUGUCUUAUGAUAUCAUUGCGUUAAGUGAAACAUGGUUGAAUGAUUCUGUUUAUAAUACUGAGUUGUUUCCAUCCCACUAUCAUGUUGUACGAUGUGACAGAAAGUUUUCCACUGUGGGUCGCACCAGGGGUGGUGGAGUUCUUGCUGCUUUCUCUGAACUUAUCAAUGCUGAUGCUGUUGACACUACGGUUUUAACCGACAUGGUUCCACUGAUUGAUAUAAUUAUUUGCAGAUGUUCGGUUGGUAACCUUAAAUUCUUACUUAUUGUUAUCUACAUACCUCCGGACAUAUCGUCUCAUGACUUUGAAUUGUUUUUUAAUGCGCUAGAAACGUUCAUACUAAACGAUGAAAUCAUACUCGUAGGUGACUUUAAUGUGCCCCAUUUUAUACAGGAGGGCUUUAACUGCCCUAAAACCUACACUCUAAAACAAUUUUGUGAUACUGGUCAACUUGUACAGAGUAAUUCAAUUCUUAAUUUUAAUGGAAACAUGUUGGAUUUAAUUUUUUCAAACCUUAACAUUGACAUCUCAGUUAAACACUCUGAUCCGCCUCUCCUACAUCCUCAUCAUCCGGGACUACACAUGACUUUACAAUUUCCUCUUCGCCUACAUACCGAUCAGUUUCCUUCUGCAGCAAACUCUUGUUACAACUGGAGGAAAGUUGACCUUUUUAAGCUCUAUAAUGAUCUUCAUAACAUCAAUUGGUCAGUUCUUAAACAAGCCGUUGAUGUAAACGUAGCGGUGGACACCUUUUAUUCUAAGCUCUAUAUGACCAUGGAUUUGACUGUUCCUAAGUAUCGGCCUGCUUCUUCGAAAUUUCCUCCUUGGAUAUCUCCAAAGAUUAGACGUGAUAUUAGAACUAAAGACUUUCUAAGACGUAAAUGGAAGGAAACAAAUAACCCAGAAUACUAUAACGAAUUUAGAAGGCUCAGAGCAAGAAUUAAAAUUCAAAUUUCCAAUGGUUAUCGAUCUUACGUAAGUCGUGUAGAACAAAACGUCAAAUCAGACCCAUCACAGUUAUGGAGUUUUCUGCAUCUCAAACAGGGCACAUCCAGAAUUCCUACCCAACUAAUAGACAAUGCCAACAAUAAUUUCACGGAACCUCAAGCAAUAGUCAAUGCAUUUGCUACGACAUUUUCAAAAGUUUACACUAGAUCCAACCAAAUUUUGGAAUUACAUCAAAACUAA